AUGAGGAUAACCAGGGGGUGGCCAAGUCCCAUUUUUCUUCAUCCUGUACUCAAUGAUACAGUUUAUCCAAACUCAAGACAUAGGCUAUGUCUAUGGCAUUUGCAAAAGAAUUUUGUGUCACACUUUGGAACUCUAAAAACCAAUCCUGAAUUCAAAAAUAUGUUUCACAAAUGCUUAAGUGGAUGUGAUUCUGAAUCUGACUUUGAAGAUUGUUGGCACAAGAUGGUUCAAAAACAUGGGCUAGAGAAAAAAGAAUGGUUUGAUAGGUUAUACGGUCUACGAGAUAAAUGGUGCACAACAUUGAGCAAGGAUAUUUUCUCAGCUGGAAUUCUUUCAUCUCAAAGGGUAGAAGUAACAAACAGAGCAAUUUCAUUUAAGGCCAACAAAACCACAAAGCUUUUGGAGUUCUUUCACAUUUUUGAGGCUACUGUGAAAAGAUGGAGAAGCACUGAAAAGAGUGACAACUUCAGAUGUACUACUGAGAGACCAAGAACAACAACAAAGAUAUUAAAACAUGCAGCUGAAGUUUAUACUCUAAACUUAUACAAGGAUUUUAAGCUGGAAUUUGAAACAAGUCUUGGAGCAUAUGCAAGAGAAAAAGCCACUUCAAUGCAAUAUGUCAAAUUCUUUGAUGUUUCUCUUGAUGAAGAUUAUAUGCACACCUAUCAAGUCAUAUAUUACACUCAAAACAAUGAGUUUAUGUGUUCUUGUAUGUGCUUCACAGAGACUGGAUUGCUGUGCUUUCACAUUAUCAAGAUAAUGCAAAUGUACAGCAUACAUGCUAUUUCAGAGAGAUACAUUCUGAAACGUUGGACCAAGCUUGCUAAAUCAAACAUUUGGGAUGGCAGUGAAUCAAAUGAAAACUUAAUGUCUGAUGUGAAAAAUAUAAUACAUGAAAAAGAUAAUAUUAUUUCUGAUUGA